GCAGAACAUCUUUGAAGAGAGCGAGCUCUGAAAGAAGCAGCACCGCCAACUCUUCUUUGAAAGAUGAUCUAAGCGCUAGGAGUAUCGAUUCUCAGGAACUCCUUAGUAAUCGAGACUCUCGAAGGUCUGGCUCUGUCCCACCAGCCCCGUCUAGACAUCCAUAUCGAAGCGGGCUCUCCUGUUUCCUGCUGAAUGAAACCCCACCAAGCUCGCACGCACAAAUCUUGCGACGACCUACACCCCGACCAGCCUCCAACGAAGAGCCAACGGAAAUGCUCACUUCAGUCCUCCAUCCCCUCCUCACAGACUCACCAGACGACUUCGGCGAUACCAAUUGGCCAUUAACCCCAAAUGCGUCCGCGAUGCUUCGACGCACUCCACCAAGCUGCAUUGCGAUGUACGGGACCUUCUACUACGAACUUCCAGCUGCGAGUAUGAGUCGAUUUUGGAUUCCUUUGAGAGGCUCCUCUUUACAAAAGCCUUCCCUCAUGAUGUUACCAAACAUUACCGAGCAAGAUGAUUUGGAGGGUUGGACUGGAACGCCGAAUCGACUUUCUACUUACCAAUUCAUGAUUGAUGAUGCGCCACGGGAUUGAUUGACUGAGGUUGCGUCCGUCUUUGGCUUUUUUUUGAUUUGCGAUGAUACCAGUGCGGCGACGGCUUGAAUGUUUUUUGUUGUAUAGGAUGGAUAGGAUAGGAUACUGUUCGAUCUCCUGUGCAAG